GGACCAAACUUCAAUGCCUAUUGAAGCUGCUGAAGAAACCUGGAGUGAAAAACUAAGUAACAUGUGUAGUGACAUCGAAGACUUGAAUUCAAGGACCCAAUCGACAGCUGAGAUAUUGGAGACCUACUAUAAAGUAGGAAGCUUGUUGUUUAAAAAGGAAUGGGUGAUGAAGCAUGGAAGGAGUUGGCUGAAUGACUCCCAGCCUUCAAGUGCUGGAACGAAUGUUGGAGGAAAAUUUUUUUGGGGCGAUGUUGGCAGAAGCAAGAAGGUUGAAAGAGGAGGAAAUUCGGAGAAUGGUGGUGAGUUCGCAGGAGCUCACUCUUUGAGCUGA